AUGCCCAACGCCUCUUCGUGGAGUGCUAGCUCGCCUCUGCUGCUGCUCUGGGAGGACUCCUCUGGGACCCGCAUCUUCCUGUCGCUGCUCUAUGCAGUCUUAGCUAUCUCAGGGACUUUAUCCAAUGUAAUGGUCAUCUAUUUAGUCUUCUCCUUCAAGAAGCUGCAGACAACCAGUAAUGCCUUCAUUGUGAACGGCUGUGCGGCAGACCUAAGCGUGUGCGCCCUGUGGAUGCCCCAGGAGGCUGUGCUGGGGCUGCUGCCUCCCAACUCCUCCUCCCUCCGCUCGGCGGAGUACCGGCUGCUCCGAGGGGGGCUCCUCGGCCUCGGCCUCACCGUCUCUCUGGCCUCUCACCUGCUGGUGGCCUUCAACAGGUACGUGCUCAUCACCAAGCUGCCCAGCGUGUACCAGGCCCUCUACCAGCGGAAGCACACGGGCUGCAUGAUCGGGCUCUCCUGGGCCCUCGCCCUGCUCCUGGUCCCGCUGCUGCCCGGGCUCUGGACCCCGGGCUCUGCCCAGCAGCCGCCCCCGCGGCAGACGGACG